AUGGCUGAAGCGCUUGUCUCCAUUGUCCUUGAACAAUUGGGCACUUUCAUUGUGGACCAAGUUAAGGGACAAGUAGAGGAACUAAGAAUGGCUAUUGGGAUCAAGAAAGAAAUACAAAGUCUAUCUUUGAAGUUGAAAAUGAUAAAAGAAGCAUUGGAUGAUGCAGAGAGAAAAAAGGUCAAAGACAAGAAUGUUAAACAUUGGCUAGAAAUUCUUGAAGAUUUUUCCUAUGACACAGACAAUGUCUUAGAUGAAUGGCGCACAAGAAUUCUCCAGCAAGAAAUUGAAAGAAAUGAGGCUGCUCCUGCUUCAAUUCCUAGGAAGAAGGUAAGUUGCUUUAUUCUGCCUUCUUGUUUUACUUUCAAGAAACUUGAGGUCAAUCGCGAUAUUGUUCGUAAAAUAAAGGAAUUGGAUGUGAAGUUAGAAGAGAUUGUAAGGGAAAAAGAUCAGUUCUAUUUUGUAGUUACUACAAAUGGUGGUGUUGUUUCUGAUCAAGGUGUGUUUAAGAGAGUUAUGACUACAGGUAUUGUGGAUGAAUCUUCAGUACAUGGUAGAGAUUCUGAUAAAGAUGUUAUAAUAAGAAAGUUGCUUGAGAGUAAUGAUCAAGAAAAUGGCCCCCUUGUUAUUUCUGUCGUGGGUACAGGUGGGAUUGGAAAAACAACACUUGCACAACUAGCCUAUGGUGAUGAGAAAUUGAAAGGUCAUUUUGAUGAAAGGAUUUGGAUUUGUGUAUCGGACCCUUUCGAUGAAGUCAAAAUUGCAAAAGCUAUUCUUGAAGCUCUAACUAAAAGCUCUCCGAAUCUGUCUCAACUUCAUAUGUUGUUGGAAAGAAUUCAAGAAUGCAUCUCUAAGAAAAUGUUCUUUCUUGUGCUAGAUGAUGUAUGGUCCGAAGAUUAUUCUAAAUGGGAACCGUUGAAGAAUUCCCUUAAGAACGGAGCUCGUGGAAGUAGAAUACUGGUUACAUCCCGAAGUGAGAGGGUUGUGGGAAUGAUGGGAAGUUCUUACAUGCAUCGGCUGGGACAAAUAUCAAAUUCAGAUUGCUUGUCAUUGUUUAGUCGGAUCGCAUUUUCGGGAAGGACUAACGAGGAUCGUGAGAAUUUAGAAGAUAUCGGGGAGAGAAUUGUUCGAAAGUGCAAAGGAUUGCCACUUGCUGCAAAGACUAUGGGAAGUCUCCUACGUUUUAAGGUUACGGAACAAGAGUGGCAAACUGUUUUAGACAAUCAAAUAUGGGAGUUGGAGGAAGUGACAAUAGACCUUUUUCCUCAUUUGUACUUGAGCUACGACGAUUUGCCCCCCAUCUUGAAGCGAUGUUUCUCAUAUUGUGCUAUUUUCCCUAAAGAUACUGUCAUAAAUGUAGACAGGUUGAUCAGAAUUUGGAUGGCACAAGGUUAUCUCAGCACAGUUGAAAACAACCAACAGGAAGCAAAAGGACGCGAGUAUUUCAUGAACUUAGCUAUGCGCUCUUUCUUUCACGAGUUGAAGACAGAUGAUAAAAAUGCAAGUGUUAUAAUAUCUUGCAAAAUGCAUGAUGUAGUGCAUGAUUUUGCUCAGUUUCUUUCAAGAAAUGACUGCUAUAGCAUCACGGGGACCGAAGAAACUGAAAACAAAGAAAAGGUUCUUAGAGUUUAUCAUUUAUGUUGGGACAGAACUGAUAGUACAGUAACUCCUAUUUCCGUCUGUGAUAUUGGAAAGAUCCGGAGUCUCUUUGCUGAACACUUGCUCGCGAAAGAUCUUACUCGAGAUCUGUCCAAAGGUCUUAAAUGCUUAAGAGUUCUAAAUUUACAUGGCUGUGGAAUGCAAGAACUCCCGGAAGAAGUCGGAAAUCUAUGUCAUUUAAGGUACAUUGAUUUAAGCAGAAGUAAAGUGGAGAACUUGCCUGAAUCCAUUAGCUGUUUGUGUAAUUUGCAAACCUUAGAUCUGUAUGGAUGCAAGAACCUCUCAAGACUUCCUAAACAGAUUGGAAAACUGAUAAACUUGAGACACCUCAUUACAACUGACACGCCCAAGUUGGAAUUUUUUCCUCAAGGAAUUGGCAAACUAGCUCAACUUAGGACUUUAGGUGAUUUUAUAGUUGGGAAAGGUUCGAGCAAGUUGGGAUAUAUCGGAAAAUUGAACCAGCUUCAAGGGUAUGUCUCGAUCCAUGUGAUAGACAAUUUGAAUGAUGCAGAAGAUGUAAUUGAAGCACAGAAGGCUGCAUUAAGAAACAAGCAGUACAUUAAAGAACUUCGUUUGAAUUUCUACUGGAAAAGUGAGGUAAGUAUGGAUGUGAUGGAAGCUCUAAUUCCACCUCCAAACCUUAGAUUCUUGACAAUCAAUGGAUACAGAGGUACUCGAUUUCCAACAUGGAUACCAUUGUCUCUUAAUAAUCUUAGAGUUCUGACACUAAGUGAGUGUUUUAAUUGCACCUUUUUGCCACCUUUAGGUAAGUUACCAUUUCUUGAAAUUCUUUGGAUAAGGCUUAUGGAUGAGCUGAAACAUGUGGGAAAUGAAUUCUUGGGCUUACCAGGAACCAUUGAAGCAUUUCCAAAGUUGAAGAAAUUGAGAUUUUCAUGUUGUUCAGAGUGGGAAGAAUGGACAGACUUGAAACAAGAAGUUGGUAUUUCAGUAAUGCCUAGUCUUAAGGAGUUAGAAUUAAAUUACUGUGAAAAGCUUAAGAGCCUCCCAUAUUGUCUCCUGCAAAAAGUGUCUUCAUUAGAGUCUCUAAAGAUCAAGAUGUGUCCUUGUCUUGAACUUCAUUGGAAUGAGAUCUCUCAUAUUCAGAAAAUAGAAACUGAUAAUGGGAUGUGA